GGUCACACUGUCCCUGGUACACGUAGAAAACAAACAGACCAGACGACGACGACGAUUUAAUCGACUCGAUUUAAAGCAAAACAGGCGCAAUGCAAUAAGCCCCGUGAGUGGGACAGUUAGCAGACCCACCAGCUCCAGGAUCAGGCCUUGCCACUUGCCCCCGAUCCGCGCCAGAAACGGCUCCCACAUCCGCAUCCGGACUUAAGCCACGAGAGCAAGAGCACGGGCACAGGCACGGGCAAAUCCCCAGGAACGGAACCAAAAACCGGAACACAAAUGCUGGGUGGCAAACGGACGGGGUCGCGGCACAUUGCCGUGGUGGUGCUGAUGUGCCUCUUCUGGUACGUGAUCUCCUCCAGCAACAACGUGAUCGGCAAGAUGGUCCUCAACGAGUUCCCCUUCCCGAUGACCGUGACCCUGGUGCAGCUGUGCAGCAUCACCCUGUACAGCGGGCCGUUCUUCAACCUGUGGCGCAUCCGGAAGUACCAGGACAUCCCGCGCCCCUACUACUACCGCCUGAUCGUACCCCUGGCGCUGGGCAAGCUCCUGGCCUCCGUCACCUCGCACAUCUCGCUGUGGAAGGUGCCCGUUUCCUACGCGCACACGGUCAAAGCCACAAUGCCACUGUUCACCGUCGUCCUGACGCGCCUGUUCUUUGGCGAGAAACAGCCGACGCUCGUGUACCUGAGCCUACUGCCCAUCAUUACGGGCGUGGGCAUUGCCACCGUCACCGAGAUCUCCUUCGAUAUGAUGGGCCUGGUCAGCGCCCUCAUCUCCACGAUGGGCUUCUCAAUGCAAAACAUCUUCUCCAAGAAGGUGCUCAAGGACACCAACAUCCAUCAUUUACGGCUCCUGCAUUUGCUCGGCAAGCUGUCGCUGUUCAUCUUCCUGCCCCUCUGGUUGUACAUGGACAGCUUUGCUGUAUUCCGUCACACGGCCAUUAAAAACCUUGACUACCGGGUGAUUGCCCUGCUGUUCGCCGACGGCGUCCUGAACUGGCUGCAGAACAUCAUCGCCUUCAGCGUCUUGUCACUGGUCACCCCACUCACGUACGCGGUGGCCAGCGCCUCGAAGCGGAUAUUCGUGAUCGCCGUGUCGCUGCUGAUCCUGGGCAAUCCGGUGACGUGGGUGAACUGCCUGGGCAUGACGCUGGCCAUCCUGGGCGUGCUGUGCUACAAUCGCGCCAAACAGAUCACCCGCGGCCGGGAGCAGCCGACUUUGCCGCUGUCGCAGAACAGCAAUGUGAAGUACUCGCCGCUGGCGCAGCAGUCGGAUCCCUAUUACCGGGGAUCGGUCAACGGGAAGCUAACCAAUGGGCUGCACAGGGCGCCCGGUAACAGCCUGCUGGCGAACGGCAGCGGAAUGCCAAGCGGAACGGCCACGCGGCUGCUCUUUGUUUAGUUUUGUAGUUAGUCAAUGUAUCCAAUCCAAUAGGCGGGAGGAUGGCUGAGAAGUAUUUACCCGUGACCAUCAAACCAUUUCCGACUCUCUUUCUAUAUGUUUGGUUUAGUGCAUAUAUUAAAUACGUUUGACUAAAGAGGCACAACUCUAGAUCUAAGAAUAUUAAGGACGAAGCUGGAUUUUCAAUUGCAUAUGCGAGAACUUGUAAAUUUCUGUGUUUCAAAAUAAUUGCCUCAAUGUACAACAUAGUAAGAACACCAUCAACUUUUGAAAUACAUAAGUUUGUUUGUCAUUUGAAAUUGAUGUCAAAGAUGACGGUGCUACAACAAUAUGGCUAAUGAUUAGUAAUAACGAUAGAUUCACUAAAUGGAAUGUCUUAAUUGUAAAAACAUAAUUUUGCUGGAAUAUUUACGCACUCAAAAAAAAAAGUUCCAAGUCUUGAAAUGACAAAAAAAUUAAAACAAAAAAAAGAAAAAGACACAUUCAUACACAAGGUGUAUACCAUUUGCAAGCAAUGACAUUCUUUUAGUAAAUCAAUUUGAAGAUGAAAAAUUUGGAGGUUGUGCCGGUUGAGUCAAAAGUGAGUGAUAUAUGUAUGUAUGUAUUGUAUGUUCAGCCAGAAUGCAAAGCAAUGCUGUAAAUUAAAAUGUAUUUUGAUAUUGUUUCGGAGGCGAGGCGAGCAUGUAAAUAGGUAGUUUGAGUCCCCAAUUUCCAUAUCCCCCAUAUCCCCCCAUCGCCCGCAAGUUUCGAAUUUGUUUUUGAAUUUGAUUAAGCCGUAAAGUGUAUUCAGAAAGCGAGAGUGCAUGUUAAAUGCCAAAAUAAAACUGUUGACCAUGUACAUAGGCAUAGCAAAUGCAAAUCAAA